CUGAGGACCGUUGGGCGACAUUCAGGAGUGCAUUGCCGCCUCCCAUCUGCCUCACUCGCACCGCCACCACCACUUUCACCCCCUUUGCCACGGUAGAGCAGCCCGCGAGCCCGGCAUGGGGCUCCACUGCGUCCUCGUCUGUGGGUCAUCCGAUGCCGAGCGGGUGCGGGGGGUUCGGAACGGGUUGCGGCGUCUGAAGAGAGACGGGGAUGCGGCGCUCAAGAGGAAGGACCCCACCCAGGCCAUCACUGCCUACUCACGAGUCAUUGAAAAGGUCAGUCAGUUGACGACACGUAUGUACGGUAGAGGGAGGGGUGUAUGAGAGAGUCAAAUUAAUGUGGUUAACUUGUCGUGGGUCCGGUCCAUGUGCGUUUAAUUUGUGCAGAUGCGUUGCAGUCAGGGUGACUGCGGAUUGGGCAAGGAGGAAUUCGAAUGCCAGGCGGUCUACGUCGACAGGUAAGCACAUACAUACAGCCCAGCCAGUGCGGCUGGCUCCGCGAUGUGUGUGACUCACACAGAUCAGAUCAUGGGGGGUGCGUGUGUCACACAGGGCGUUGGCGCACCACAGGAACGGCGAGUACGACAAGGCGAUUGCGGACGCCAACGAGGGCCUGCAGCUCAACCCCAACUUCGCAAGGGGAUUGAAUACACACACUUCACACUACACACACAUUGGUGCUCAUGGAGGUGUGUGUCUGUGACUGUCGUGUGUGUGGUCUAGCUGUCUUUCAGGCGCAUUUGCGUUUGGCGUUGGCUUACGAGGCAAUGGGAUGGCCUGACGUGGCCUACAAGCACCUGCCCAAGGUGUGCGAGAUGGACCCCACGCGCAGAAGCAAGUAGGUGACAUGAUGACUGACACUGGGCAGGGGAAAGCGUGUUGUCUGUCUACUCUGAUCAUCUGUCUCUCCAUGGCACUGUACAGGCACCAGGAGGACUUGGAUCGGCUACUGCGUCACAAGCACUACUUGUCGCCCCUCGCCGCCCAGCUCCCCGCCCUCACAAACACCCACCCACACCAGUCCCCCCCACACCGGCAGGACGACACACAGACAAAGCACGCCCAGCUUCACGGUCACCAGCAGCAGCCAGAGCGUGACCCCCGGAUCAUGGAGCUGGAAAGACAAGUCGCGUGAGAAACUGACACACAUGAGCACAGGAACGAAUUCAUAUGCCAUCCAUUUUGCGUAUGUAUCUGUGUGUUUGUGUUUGGUCCAUGCCAUGCAGCCACCUCAAGAGGACCAACUCCGCGCUGCAGCAGUCGAUGUCGCGCGUCCGCAUCGCCACACGCAACACAACGACGUAAGUCAACAACACGUCGAAGGGGCAAGGCACACACGAUCAUGUUGGCCGCACCGCGCACGCACUCACACGCACAAACGCACUGUAACGCAACGCACACAAAGGUCAGUAAGGUGCUCUCUCUCUCUCUGUGGUGUGGUGUGCGUUUGAGUGAGUGCAGCGGCAAGAGCAGUCCGUUCGUGGCGCUUGCGGCCUAUGAAGACGCGGAGAGGGAGGCGCAGCGACUUCGCGAGGAGAAGCAUGACACCAAGGACGCACUCCGGUGGGUACAGUGCAGUACACACGGCUUCGUUAGAUAUCUGUCUGUUUGUCUGUCUGUGCUGUUGUGUGUGUUGCGACAAUGACGACUCGAGCAGGCGAGAGCAGCGAGCGGCUGCGGGAGUGCACCGAGCUUCUUGAAAGGCAAUACAAGUAUGUACGAAUCCAUCCAUCCAUCCAUUCAUCCAUCCAUCCACACACACACACACACAUGCAUGUGUGUGCGCCUGCUUUCUGCUUUCUGCAGGCGCGCCGAGAAGCUCAGGAAGCGGCGCGACGAGCUCAAGAAGAAGCUCGACGAGGUCAAGAAGAAGCUCGACGAGGUCAAGAAGAAGCUCGACGAGGCCAAGUCGGAGGGCGAGCGGGAGAAGAAGAAGUCGGCCAUCUACCUCACCAACCUCGCCAAGUCAGUCAGUUGAUCAGUGAUUGCACAGCACUGCACAGCACACAGACAGACACAGACAGAGAGACAGAGGUCCUGUCGAUGCGAUGCAAUGCAAUCCCAUGUGUAUGUAUGUAUGCUAUUUAUGUGUGCCAUUCCUUGCUCGCUUCUUUGCUUGCUUGCUCGCUUGCUUGCUGCAGGCUGGAUGUCAGGCACACCAACGUCCUGGCCGACCGUCAGGUGCAGUUCAAGUGUCUGCGGAAGAACAAGAUGCUCCGCAGCGUCCAGGUGAGUAAGUGAGUGGGUGGCUGGCUGGCUUGGUUGGGUCAAGACAGACUCAUAUGUAUAUACUUGCUGACUCUAUGCAACGCACACACCUGACUGACUGACUGAGCUCUCUUGUCUUGUCGAUCGAUGUCAUGUCCGUCAGACGCUGGUCGCGUCCAAGGCUCAGCUACAGCAGGAUCUGGCCGACGAGAAGGCCAUCCACGAGGACCUCUACGCCGCCGUCCGCCAGCAGUACUCGGCCUACGUCAAGGACGCCGAGAAGGAAAUAUGGCGCACCCGCGACGCAUUGAUGGCCACCGAAGAGUACCAGAGGCUCAUGGUACGUGCAAAGUGCAGCCGCUGUGCAGAUAACGAACGGAGAGAGGCUGUGCUGUGCUGUGCUGUGCUGUGCUAUGGUGCGGUGUGGUGCUGUGUGGUGUGUGUGGCGGCAGGCGGGCCUCGAGAAGAAUGAGGACGGCCCAGAGUUUGUCGACUAUCAUGAGAUGGUCCUGGCGCACCUGCUGAGCGUCUCGGGCGGCAGCCGUGUGCAGCUCGGUGUCGAGAUCGAGGCAGAGCGCUUCAAGCGGGAAAUGGCCGAGUGAGUGAGUGAGUCAGGGAGACAACAACCACACACCAAGACACGUAGGCAUCGCAUUUAUUGGUUGUGGUGUGCUGUGUGUGGCCGUACGUGUCAGGCUUGAGGGCCGUGUGUAUCGUGACGCCUUGUACUCCAAGGGUGUCGAGCUGUCUGCCGAAGCCGAGGCCAAGCUGCGUCAGGUCGAGGAGAGCGUCCUCGACGUCACGUGGGGCGCCGAGACUAUCAUCGACUAUCUGAUCAUCGAGACAGUGGUACAUCGUAGACGGUACACAGGGGUUCGUUAUCUGUCUAUGUCGUCUGUCUCCCUUCAUUGUCUCUCUGUCGUCUCUCUCGUCCGUCUGCCACCGAACACUGCAGGUGCCGACUUGUUGAACAAAAAGCUGAAGAAGAGAAAGUGCUCGCUUCAUCUCGACACAUAAAUCUUGGACGAGACCCCCUUUGAGUCUCCGCUUCCAUCGCCGUCCCCUUCGCCUAUC